UUUUUAAAAACGGGGAUAUACAGGCGCGGUUUCUUUCACCAAUAAAAGCAUUUUUGUAGCGCAAGCGCAGUUGUGUUUGGUGAGGGUACCUGGCAGCUCUGGUGAAUACCUGGCGGCGGCAGAUCGCAGUCGGCCAGUGGCGCGUAUCAGUGUGUGUUUGUUCUGUAAAGCAAUUUUCAUCUUGAUUGUUUUUUCGACGAAGCUUUAACCGUUUUUUUUGCGGAGAAAAAAGAAGUGGAGAAGAGAAAAACCUAAAGGAUUAUUUGUAUAGUUGAGAAGCCGAAAUGGCCAUGGGCCGUUCUCAUGAUAAACAUGCCGGCUCAAAACACCGGGAAAGGUGAUACAAUAUUCUUGCCGGAAAGCCUUGAUUAAAGUUUAUGGCAUAAGUUUUCCAUGUCGAGGAGUCGCAGGAGCGGCUAAAGAAAUUCUAGUGGGAUAUUAUUAUGCUAAUCGUGGUGUGGUCAGAAUGCGAGAGGAAGAGCUCGAGAUUUCCCUCAAGGUGGUAAUAGUGGGCAAUGGUGCUGUGGGAAAAUCCUCCAUGAUCCAAAGAUUUUGUAAAGGAACUUACACGAGGGACUACAAGAAAACAAUAGGGGUCGACUUCCUCGAAAGGGAGAUUGAGGUUGAUGGCGAGGACGUUCGAUUGAUGCUCUGGGACACAGCAGGUCAAGAAGAAUUCGAUGCAAUUACUGCCGCCUAUUACCGAGGAGCUCACGCUUGUGUUCUGGCUUAUUCAGUCACUGACAGAGAUUCCUUCGAUGCCAUUCCCUCCUGGAAGUUGAAGGUUGAGAACGAAUGUGGUGAAAUACCAACGGUUCUAGUGCAAAAUAAAAUGGACCUCGUCGAUCAAUGUGUUGUCGAUCCAGACGAAGCAGAAAGACUUAGCCGAGCUUUAGGUUGCAAACUUUUGAGGACUUCGGUGAAAGAAGAUGUUGGAGUGAUGAAUGUCUUUAGACAUUUGGCGACCCGUUGUCUUUUAGAAAUGCGUCGCAAUGAGGACGAAGACGAUCUCAGGAUGUAUUCUUCAGAGCCUAGAACACCUUCUGUUAUAAGUGCCUUUAGUCCCAAUGGAUCGACAGGAGGUCGUAUUGCAAGUAACGGAACGAUCGUAUUACGACCAUCGGGCAAAAAAGUUCGUAGUCACAAAAAGAAACAUUUUGUCAAGAGUUCCUGUCGACUGUUUUAAUGAUUACUGAUUAUAAAUUUUAAGAAUUAAUCUCAUGACAAAAAAACUAUCAAAUGACGGUUGCAUUACUUGUAAUGAAACAAGAUAAUGAAAAAAACCAGAUAAUAUAUUUUAAUAAUUACACAAGGGUGCCUUUCUCCAAAGCAACAGGUGCGAAGAAACAUUUUUCAUAUUUUUUUAUGUAAUUAUAUAUUGCUCAUUGUUAAGUUUUCUCACAACGAGCCAAUUGUAAAUAUGUAAUUUAACAAAUAUCACAUAGUUUUUAUCUUCAUUUUUCAGUUGUUUUUCCUGUUAAAUUAUAAGCAAAAAUUUGUUUUUUUCUAAUUUUGUGUUUCCUGUAUUUUUAAUACUCGAGUGUUCUCGUCUUCUUUUUCUAUAUUAUAAAAAAAAUGUUCGAAAGUAUUAAAUUUUAAAAGAAAAUUGUAUGAAUCUUUGCCCGAGUGUAAAAAAAAAUAUUUAAGAAUUAUUUAUAGAAAAAAAAUGAAGUGUGAGUAUAUAAUUAUAACCAAAUAUCUUAAGUUAAAGAUAAAUAUAAUAAAAAUGUUUUAAUUUAUAAGGUACUUAAGUAAUUUAUUUCAAUAAAGGCUACAAAUUUUAUAAUUGAACUUUUAUUAUCACAGAAAUGACAAUAGAAGUUAUUUUUGUAAUUUUUACAUUAAAUUUGUUAAUAUAAUCAAAGCUGAUAAGUUUCUUCUAAUUAAGAAAAAAUAAAUAAAAAUAUUUAUUUACUAAAGGAAUUUUUUAGUUUACAUUACAAUAAAGCCGUUUUCAAGUCCCUACUUUGAAACAAAAAUUGAUACACUUUUUUUAUUUACACACAUUUUUUCUUAAUUUAAAUUUUUUCUAUUUUUUAAAUAACUUUUUUUUAAUAUAAAGUAUUAAAAAUUAAUAUUUUAAUAUCAAAAAGAAAUUGUGACAAAUUGACUUGAAAAUGACAUUAUAGUACAUUUUACUAAGUCAUUGAUUUAAAUUGCUUUUUUCUGGAAAGUAUUCGAAGACAAAUUUUUACACGAUUUCAAACUAUAAUUAAUUCUUCCCUAAGAAGCUAUAAGAUAACAUUCGCACUUUUAAUCGUAAGAAACAAUGAAAGAAUUGAUAACUUACACGAGAGCUGAUAAGAAUUUGAAUUUUAAUAAUUAAAGGAUAAAAAGUUGAAAGCGACGAAAAUUCCAGACCGUCCUGCAGUCUAUUGCAUCCUCAAAUAAA